UAGGGGUCCGGGCGCUCCAGCGGCCCCGAUAGUGGUUCCGGGUGCAGAGUCCGCGGCCAUGGCGGAACCGGGAGCGAACGGAAGCAGCUGCAGGCUCCGGUGCUCCCGGACCCCUCACGGCCGCUGUCCCGUCCCGCAGUUGGAGUUCGCGGUGCAGAUGCGGUGCCAGAGCUGCGCGGACGCCGUGAGGGCAGCGCUGGACGGAGCCCCCGGAGUGCGGCUCCUGGAGCUGCGGCCGGAGGCUCAGUCGGUGCUGGUGGAGACGUCGGUGUCCGCGGAGCGGGUGCGGGAGCUCCUGGAGCGCUCGGGGCUCCGAGCGGUGCUGAAGGGAAUGGGGGGGUCCGAGAGCGCGAGCUUGGGAGCGGCCGUGGCCGCGCUCUCCGGUCCCGGUGCCGUGCGGGGGCUGGUCCGGUUCCUGCAGGUCUCCCCCAACCGGUGCCUGGUGGAUGGAGCCAUCGCGGGGCUCCCCCCGGGCCCCCACGGGCUCCACGUCCAUGAGUUCGGGGACCUCUCGCAGCCCUGUGAUAGCUGUGGGGGGCACUUUAACCCCGAUGGGGAGCACCACGGGGGACCCCAGGACCAGCACCGGCACGUCGGGGACCUGGGGAACAUCUGGGCUGAUGUUGAGGGCAGAGCCAGCUUCCGUAUGGAGGAUUCACGUCUGAAGGUCUGGGACAUCAUCGGGCGCUCGGUGGUGGUGGAUGCGGGUGAGGAUGAUCUGGGCCGAGGCUCCCACCCCCUCUCCCUGGUGACAGGGAACUCGGGGCCGGGGCUGGCCUGCGGUGUCGUGGCCCGGGCAGCCGGGCUCUUCCAGAACCCCAAGCGGGUCUGCACCUGCGACGGCCUCACCCUAUGGGAGGAGAGGGACCGGAACACAGGGGCUACCAGCCCCACAGGGGCCAGCAGCCCCAUAGGGACCACCAGCCCCAUAGGGGCCACCAGCCCCAUAGGAACCACCAGCCCCACGGCAGCUCCCAGCCCCACAGCGGCCCCGGCCCCCCACCUCUAGGGCAGCCCCAGGCAAUCAAUAAACGCUCAUUGGCUCUGCAGCCUCCGUGGCUUUGGGGGGGGGGCCAGG